AUGGUACUCGGGUCAGUGAAAAAAUUAGACUUAAGAAUUGAAAGUUGGGAAGAUGUGCCAAGCAUACAAUUACUCAUUUCAUCUGUUAAGCCUGAUUGGCCGCUUGACAAACUUCAAUAUAAACUAUUUAAUGAAGGAACGUCAAAUGUUCUUUUUGUUGUUUAUCUCAACACACCCCUCUCUCCCGACAACUGCGUUUUGGUUCGCAUUUUUGGCCAUCAGACAGAACUAUAUAUUGAUAGAGACAAAGAAGCUAUUUAUCUAUGGAUAUUAAACCAGAUCCAUUUUGCCAGUGAGGUUUAUGCCAAAUUCCUCAACGGAAUCUGCUACGGUUAUCUGCCUGGUUCAACAGUGAACUAUGAUAUUCUUUCCGAUCCACAUUAUUAUAAGAUGGUUGCAGAAAAGGUGGCAGAAUUACAUACUUUGCCAAUUGGCGAAUUCACAGAACAGCACUUUAAUGACGUCGGAUUCCUAUUUGAUAGUAGUCCAUGCGUCCUUAAUUCCACAUUAAAGCUUAUCAGCCUAAUUUCGGACGGCCUCUUAGAUAAAGUAAUUUCUAACGGCUCGGGUGACAAUGAUAACUUUGCCAACAGUCACAAUCAGUUCCCACCAAAAGAAUAUCUGAUUGAAGAAGUUUUGUUUCUUCGGAAACUGCUAGCUAAUGCCAAAUCCCCAGUUCGAUUUUGUCACAAUGAUCUCUUAUUCGGAAAUAUCGUCAUGUCUCCCAAUAAUGACGAUGUUCAUUUCAUAGACUUUGAGUACUGUGGACACAAUAAUGUCUGCUACGAAAUAGCAAAUCACUUUUGUGAGUAUUGUGGAAUGGUCGAUCAUGAUCCUUCAAAAUACCCCUCCCGAGAAAUACAGAGAGACUGGGUCAGAGCAUACCUUCAAGCUUUUAAAACACGCUCUGGUGACUCUGGGAGCGUUUGUUCAGAAGAAGUAGAGGAGUGGCUAGAUGAAAUUGGCAAUUUUACCAUGGUAAGUUGA